AUGCUAGCCCAAUCUCAAUACUUCUUUUCUCAACACGCCCUCGCCCUUCAUUUCGACGAAGGCUCUCUCUUUUUUGCCCUAAUUUCGAAACAGCCCCCAAGUUUAGGGUUUCCAUCCACCGGCCAGUCACUCCGUCACAUUUUCCGGCUGGCCAUCUCCAACCAGAUCAUAGGCAGCAUCUGUCAGUAGUGAGACUUCUUUCUCAGCUUGGCAUUCUGGUUUCUUGUGGAAUUUGAAUUACUUACUGUUUUAACACAUUAUUUGCUUUGAUUUUUCUUUUUUUUUUUUUUUUGCUGUCAGCCUAUCACGUUUUAACGACUCUGUAAUAGUUCAGGACUGUAAAGAGAGUUUGUAUCCCACAUUGAAUAAUUAGGAUUACUCAUGUUGACUGGGGUAUAUUGGCCUUUUGGACUCACUUGUGGAGCUCUGUUGAGAGAUCUGCAUUGAGGUUGGAUAAUACAAUGGUAAGGAGGAAGCUGAUUUUGAUCUGCCAGUCUGGUGGUGAGUUUGAGAAGAAUGAUGAUGGGACUUUGUCAUAUGCUGGGGGAGAAGCAAAUGCAAUAAAUAUCAAUGAUGACACCCAGUUCAAUGAUCUGAAGUUAAAAUUGGCUGAAAUGUGUAAUUUGGACUACAAUUCAGUGUCUAUCAAGUACUUCCUUCCUGGAAACAAGCGCAAUCUCAUUACUUUAAAGAAUGACAAGGAUCUAAAAAGGUUGGUUGAUUUUCAUGGGAAAUCAGUUACAGCUGAUAUUUUUGUUUCGGGAAGAGAAGGUUUCGAUCGCGAUGCCUUGAACAUGUUUGCCAACAGGGAGAAUGAUGUCAAACUGGCCGAGACUGUAAACCGUGUUGUUUCGCCCACAAUUGCUGCUAAGUCACCUACAGUCAAUCAUGGUAAUCCUGUUGGUCGAAAUGUAGCCCGUUCCAG